CACUACUCCGUACUCCGUAGUAAUUAAUCCGUAGAACAACCAGCUGAACGAGAAAGCGCUAAGGGCAUCCACCCUCCUUUCGCACUAUUUUUCCAGGUUUUGACAAUUAAAUUACGAGUAAACAAUUUUGGGUCAAUCUCAAUUUUACUUCAGAAGUUGAAUUGAAUCACUCUCUUAGAUUAAACUGAAUUUGUGUGUUGUACAAAAACAUGAAUAUUAGAGGUUGUACUGGUAUUGCCAAACCUAGUUUCUUACUAAUACAAUUCGAUUUGCCAACUUUGAGGCUUGGAAAAGUACAUUUCCUUCCAUUACCAUGUAAUUCAUUAUCCAAUAAACAUGGGUUUAAGGUUAGAUUUCAGCACUCGGUUGCUGAAAGAUCUUAUUCUAGCUCCCGAGCUGCGAAACCGCACUCUGGCCGGGUGAAGAAGAAAGAAGAGGGUGCAUCGUCGUUGUAUUUACGUCCUAGCUUAAGUGAUAUGAAGCAGCAGAGAAUGGAGAAUCGUGCCCAGGUUUAUGAGUUUUUGAGGGGGAUUGGUGUUGUGCCUGAUGAACUUGAUGGCUUAGAACUGCCUGUGACGGUUGAUGUUAUGAGGGAACGCGUGGAUUUUCUCCACAAGUUGGGGCUUACGAUUGAGGAUAUUAAUAAUUAUCCGCUUGUUCUUGGGUGCAGUGUGAAGAAGAAUAUGAUUCCGGUGCUAGAUUACCUUGGAAAACUAGGUGUUCGAAAAUCUAGUGUCACUGAGUUUUUAAGACGGUACCCACAAGUACUUCAUGCUAGUGUUGUUGUAGAUCUUCAGCCUGUUGUUAAGUAUCUGCAAGGAAUGGAUAUUAAACUACUUGAUAUUCCUCGUGUACUCGAGAGAUAUCCAGAGCUCUUAGGGUUUAAGCUUGAAGGGACCAUGAGCACAUCUGUUGCAUAUUUGGUCGGGAUUGGGGUUGGUAGAAGAGAAAUUGGUGGGGUUUUGACGAAAUACCCUGAAAUUUUAGGAAUGAGAGUAGGCCGUGUCAUCAAACCUUUUGUUGACUAUCUUGGAAGUCUAGGCAUUCCAAGCUUAGCUGUUGCUCGAUUGAUUGAGAAAAGGCCUCACAUCCUUGGUUUCGACUUAGAAGCGAGGGUAAAACCAAAUGUUGGAUGUCUUUUAGAAUUUAAUGUCAGAGAAAAGUCACUUGCUGUAAUGAUUGCUCAAUAUCCUGAGAUUAUUGGGAUUGAUCUCAAGUCCAAGCUUUCCGCACAACAAACGUCAUUCAAUUCUAUCCUUGAUCUUGGUUCUGAGGACUUUGGACAAAUCAUACAGAGGAUGCCACAGGCUAUAAGUCUUAGUAAAACAGCAAUAGUGAAGCAUGUGGAUUUUCUCAAACUUUGUGGUUUCACUUUACAACAGAUUAAACAGAUGGUUGUUGGAUAUCCACAGUUGCUUGCACUGAAUCUGGAUAUAAUGAAGCUGAAUUUUGAUUACUUUCAAUUGGAAAUGUCAAGGCCUUUGGAUGACUUGGUUGAUUUCCCCGCCUUCUUCACAUAUGGUUUGGAGUCCACAAUAAAGUCAAGGCAUCAGCAAGUUGCGAAAAAAGGAUUGAAAUGCUCCCUUUCAUGGCUUUUGAAUUGUUCAGAUGAGAAGUUUGAACGACGAAUGAGUUAUGAAUCAAUAGACAUGGAGGAGAUGGAACCAGAGCCCACAUUUGACAUGAAAUCUUUAAUGGGAUCUAGAACAGACGAGUCAGAUUCUGAGAUUGAUGAUUAUGAUGAUGAAGAUGUGUAAUGUCUUUAUUCAAACCUGUAUUUCUCUUUUUCUAUGGGGUUGUGAAUUAUUUUGCUCUCCAACAAUUUGGGAAUGUCCAUAUAGAUAGUGGUAUUCUAAUAUCUUGAAGCAGCUGAACGUUGAUCUUUUAUUCUAAUGUGGGAAGUAAAUCCAAAAUGCAGCUCAUGGAAUGUGGAAAAAGAUCUCAAUUAUACCUCAGUUUGUUUAGGGAAGGGCUGCACUUGGUGGUUCUGCUCAACAAUCAGCGCAGUACUCUGAUGGCAGCAUUCUUGCCUUUGGGUUUAAGUUCUUGAUUUUUCCCAGCAUUCUCUGUUUGGUUUGUACUUUAGUAAUUGUAUUUUUUAUUUUUUUUGUUAUUUUGAGUAGCUUGUACAUGUUUCCACGCAUCUUGUUGUGUACAAGAGCUGUAAUUAUCGACCACAUUGAUGUUUGUUAUCAAGUGGCAAGAUUCCUGCAUCUCAAUUAAAUAUUGCUUUCUUAUCCAAAA